ACGUGGUGCGAGUGAAGAAACGUUUUCACCUUUCGGUAAGGUCGUGGGCAGUGCAGUAUAUCGGCAUAUCAUCAAUGCUGGCCUUCGGUCCAGGACAGUGAAGAGCGACAUUCUUCCGGUUAUACGAAGAAUCAAAAGCCGGCUUCUUGUCCGCCAUUUACGUUCUUCGCUGCACAAAUGGACUGGACACAAUUCCGGAUUUCACAUUUUAUGCGGCUUCGUACGCGUACUGUGGUAUGAGGCUCUCUGGGUGGUCAUUACAGGAUUCGCAUUCUUCGCAAAUUACAUGAUCCGGGUGCCGUUACUUGAGGCACUGAUUGAGGACUUCAGCAGUCAGCCUGACCGAGCGUUGACCGUGCUUUUUGUAUCGAGCUGCGUGAUGGACGUGUUUCUCUCUGGUUUCAUGGAAUACGUAUCCCUGCGAUGCACCGUACAACUAAAGGCCCUCAUGGAAGCAGCGCUGUUCACGAAGACAACGCGCAUGAGUGCCCGCGCCCUUGCGGAGACUCCCACCGGUUACCUCGUCUCUCUGGUGGGAGUGGAUUGCGCACAGCUCAACGUCGCUGCCAUUGUGAUCUCCCAAUCUGUGAGCGGCCUCCUCUGCUUGCCGCUGGUCUUGUGGAUGCUGGCCAAGCGCGUCGGUGUUCUGCCCGUCAUCGGCUGCGUCGCCUGGCAGCUGGCAUCUCUAACUCUUUUCAUCCCGGCCUCGAAAGUGCAGACAGGACUUUGGGCAAGUACUUUGCCCCACUGA